GUGUACAAUUCAGUAAAACAGUACGCAUGUUUGGAUUUCAGUAGACCAACUAAAACCUACCUCCAAACUGAAACCUCUCUAUUCUUUGUUUUGAUUGUUUUUCUUUUUUAUGAUAGUUUCACAAAGCAGAAACUGAAAACAAGUCACACUUCACUUUAUACACCACUACCAAAAUACAGACCACACAAUACAAUGUUCCAUUCGAUCAACCAAUCAGCAGCAACAUCUCCUUUAAUGGAAAAAGUUUCACAACAUCAUCAGUAUAUCCGCAAAUAAAGGCUGUGAAACUGCCCUUCAGCUCCAGGUCAACGUUAACCAUGAACCAGCUACAUGUCGCUCUGGUGAUUUGCUUCGGAGUAACUUUAUGGAGUCACUUUUCAAUUUCUACAUCAGAGGUCCAGAUGACUGCCAGACCUGGAGAAAACAUCCUUCUCUACUGUGACUGCAAGCAGUCAUCUGGAGUGUAUAUAGUUUGGUACAAGAAUUCCUCACAUGAAGACACACCAACUCUUGUUCUAAAUGUAAAGACUGAUUUAGAAACUGAAAAGAAAUUUCCUAAUUUCAAAUUUCUGAAGAACUUUACGUUUGAUUCCUAUGACCUGCUGAUUGUGCAAGCCAAUAAUGCUGAUGAAGGGCUCUAUUACUGUGGAACUGAAGAGUCAAAGGUGGAACUAUACGAAAAUAAAACCAUGGUGAAGAAGACAAUCUACCAAUACGGCAACAUCACCACAAAGAUUACACUUGAUCAAACUGUUUGUAAUUCAAAUAUUACCCAGACUGUGGAGGGCUGCGCUGCCUGCUGGAAGAUGCUCUUUUCCCUCUGUCCAGCUCUUUCUGUCCUUUUUGCCCUCAUUUCCGGAGUUACGGUUUAUCUCUUUUACAAGAAAGCAGCUAAAAAAGCUCAAGAAAACAACAGGAAACUUGAAACAAGAAGACAAAUCAGGGAAACACAGGAUGAGAAUGUUUGCUACGCGGCUCUGGAAAUCCAUCGGCCAUCACAGAGACCAAAGAGGAAGAGGAAAACCCAGGCUUCAGACUUCAGCACAUAUUCUGACCUUAAAACAUCUGCGGUGUAGGAGCUUGACUCUGAACUCAGAAGUUUUAGUCCUGAACAAUAAGUACCAGUUAUAUUCUUUCUCCCAUUCCCUAAGAAUCUAACAUAUACCUUCCUUCCUGACAAAACAAAGUAAUUUUUCUGUGCCUCUUUUCCAGUACAACCCAAUUGUCAUAUUUUGUCAUUUAGAAUUUUUUUCUGUGGAGUUAAAUCCAAUGUUUUUGGCCAUUUUUGUGGAAAAUUUGCAAUAAACUUACAGUUAUGCAUUAGCAGGGAAAAAACACAGCAAUCUGUUGAUUUUACGUAAAUUUCCACAAUCACAGAAUCAAUAACCGAAAACUGGGUGGACUGAUUUGGUGUCUGGAGUCUUGAGGGCCACACAAAAAGCCUAGGCGGGCCAGAUUUGGCCCCUGGGCCUUGAGUUUGACACAUGUGCUCUAUUGGAUCAAAAUGUUCCCACAUGUGUAAAACAGUUUUCUCACAAACUCAAAAUGCACCUAAUAUCACACACAAACUCACAAAUCACCAGCACUUAGGAUCUGCAUGUGAGCUGAGCAUUGCAGUCUGAAUCUGUUGAAAAUACUCAAAUCUCAUUAUGAACCAGACAGGCUUCAAACACCAUCAAUGACUCACCAGGAACAAUACAAGCCUUCAUAGAUUUCUUGAGACAAUCCUUGAAGCCACAGUGUUUUAUU